AUGUUUUCAACUUAUCUUUCUUUUGGCCAAUAUCAACUUAUCUUUCUUUUGGCCAAUAUCAACUUAUCUUUCUUUUGGCCAAUAUCAACUUAUCUUUCUUUUGGCCAAUAUCAACUUAUCUUUCUUUUGGCCAAUAUCAACUUAUCUUUCUUUUGGCCAAUAUCAACUUAUCUUUUGGCCAAUAUUUCUUUUGGCCAAUAUCAACUUAUCUUUCUUUUGGCCAAUAUCAACUUAUCUUUCUUUUGGCCAAUAUCAACUUAUCAACUUAUCUUUCUUUUGGCCAAUAUCAACUUAUCUUUCUUUUUUGGCCAAUAUCAACUUAUCUUUCUUUUGGCCAAUAUCAACUUAUCUUUCUUUUGGCCAAUAUCAACUUAUCUUUCUUUUGGCCAAUAUCAACUUAUCUUUCUUUUGGCCAAUAUCUUUCUUUUCAAAUCAACUUAUCUUUCUUUUUUGGCCAAUAUCAACUUAUCUUUCUUUUGGCCAAUAUCAACUUAUCUUUCUUUUGGCCAAUAUCAACUUAUCUUUCUUUUGGCCAAUAUCAACUUAUCUUUCUUUUGGCCAAUAUCAACUUAUCUUUCUUUUGGCCAAUAUCAACUUAUCUUUCUUUUGGCCAAUAUCAACUUAUCUUUCUUUUGGCCAAUAUCAACUUAUCUUUCUUUUGGCCAAUAUCAACUUAUCUUUCUUUUGGCCAAUAUCAACUUAUCUUUCUUUUGGCCAAUAUCAACUUUCUUUUUUGGCCAAUAUCAACUUAUCUUUCUUUUGGCCAAUAUCAACUUAUCUUUCUUUUUUGGCCAAUAUCAACUUAUCUUUCUUUUGGCCAAUAUCAACUUAUCUUUCUUUUGGCCAAUAUCAACUUAUCUUUCUUUUGGCCAAUAUCAACUUAUCUUUCUUUUGGCCAAUAUCAACUUUUAUAUCUUUUUUUUUGGCCAAUAUCAACUUAUCUUUCUUUUGGCCAAUAUCAACUUAUCUUUCUUUUGGCCAAUAUCAACUUAUCUUUCUUUUGGCCAAUAUCAACUUAUCUUUCUUUUUGGCCAAUAUCAACUUAUCUUUCUUUUGGCCAAUAUCAAUCUUAUCUUUCUUUUUUUGGCCAAUAUCAACUUAUCUUUCUUUUGGCCAAUAUCAACUUAUCUUUCUUUUUUUGGCCAAUAUCAACUUAUCUUUCUUUUGGCCAAUAUCAACUUAUCUUUCUUUUGGCCAAUAUCAACUUAUCUUUCUUUUGGCCAAUAUCAACUUAUCUUUCUUUUGGCCAAUAUCAACUUCAACUUAUCUUUCUUUUGGCCAAUAUCAACUUAUCUUUCUUUUGGCCAAUAUCAACUUAUCUUUCUUUUGGCCAAUAUCAACUUAUCUUUCUUUUGGCCAAUAUCAACUUAUCUUUCUUUUGACCACUUAUUUUUGGCCAAUAUCAACUUAUCUUUCUUUUGGCCAAUAUCAACUUAUCUUUCUUUUGGCCAAUAUCAACUUAUCUUUCUUUUGGCCAAUAUCAACUUAUCUUUCUUUUGGCCAAUAUCAACUUAUCUUUCUUUUGGCCAAUAUCAACUUAUCUUUCUUUUGGCCAAUAUCAACUUAUCUUUCUUUUGGCCAAUAUCAACUUAUCUUUCUUUUGGCCAAUAUCAACUUAUCUUUCUUUUGGCCAAUAUCAACUUAUCUUUCUUUUGGCCAAUAUCAACUUAUCUUUCUUUUGGCCAAUAUCAACUUAUCUUUCUUUUGGCCAAUAUCAACUUAUCUUUCUUUUGGCCAAUAUCAACUUAUCUUUCUUUUGGCCAAUAUCAACUUAUCUUUCUUUUGGCCAAUAUCAACUUAUCUUUCUUUUGGCCAAUAUCAACUUAUCUUUCUUUUGGCCAAUAUCAACUUAUCUUUCUUUUGGCCAAUAUCAACUUAUCUUUCUUUUGGCCAAUAUCAACUUAUCUUUCUUUUGGCCAAUAUCAACUUAUCUUUCUUUUGGCCAAUAUCAACUUAUCUUUCUUUUGGCCAAUAUCAACUUAUCUUUCUUUUGGCCAAUAUCAACUUAUCUUUCUUUUUUGGCCAAUAUCAACUUAUCUUUCUUUUGGCCAAUAUCAACUUAUCUUUCUUUUGGCCAAUAUCAACUUAUCUUUCUUUUGGCCAAUAUCAACUUAUCUUUCUUUUGGCCAAUAUCAACUUAUCUUUCUUUUGGCCAAUAUCAACUUAUCUUUCUUUUGGCCAAUAUCAACUUAUCUUUCUUUUGGCCAAUAUCAACUUAUCUUUCUUUUGGCCAAUAUCAACUUAUCUUUCUUUUGGCCAAUAUCAACUUAUCUUUCUUUUGGCCAAUAUCAACUUAUCUUUCUUUUGGCCAAUAUCAACUUAUCUUUCUUUUGGCCAAUAUCAACUUAUCUUUCUUUUGGCCAAUAUCAACUUAUCUUUCUUUUGGCCAAUAUCAACUUGUUUAAUAUAUUCUCUUUUACAAUAAACCUCUCUUUUUCCUUCUUUUGGCAAUAUAUUUGUCCUUUUCUCUCUUUUGGCAAUAUCAACUUUCAUUUAGCUAUCAACUAUUCUUUAGCAAUUAUUAACUUUUUGUGGGUAAUAUCUUUUCCUUUUUCCUUUCGGCAACAUCUUUUCCUUUUUCCUUUCGGCAACAUCUUUUCCUUUUUCCUUUCGGCAACAUCUUUUCCUUUUUCCUUUCGGCAACAUCUUUUCCUUUUCCUUUUCGGCAACAUCUUUUUCCUUUUUCCUUUCGGCAACAUCUUUUCCUUUUUUCCUUUCGGCAACAUCUUUUCCUUUUUCCUUUCGGCAACAUCUUUUCCUUUUUCCUUUCGGCAACAUCUUUUCCUUUUUCCUUUCGGCAACAUCUUUUCCUUUUUCCUUUCGGCGACAUCUUUUCCUUUUUCCUUUCGGCAACAUCUUUUCCUUCCUUUCUUUUCGGCGACAUCUUUUCCUUCCUUUCUUUUCGGCGACAUCUUUUCCUUCCUUUCUUUUCGGCGACAUCUUUUCCUUCCUUUCUUUUCGGCAAUAUCUUUUUUACCUUUCUUUUUUUACGGCAAUAUCUUUUUUACCUUUCUCUUUUUACGGCAAUAUCUUUUUUACCUUUCUCUUUUUACGGCAAUAUCUUUUUUACCUUUCUCUUUUUACGGCAAUAUCUUUUUUACCUUUCUCUUUUUACGGCAAUAUCUUUUUUACCUUUCUCUUUUUACGGCAAUAUCUUUUUUACCUUUCUCUUUUUACGGCAAUAUCUUUUUACCUUUCUCUUUUACGGCAAUAUCUUUUUACCUUUCUCUUUUUACGGCAAUAUCUUUUUACCUUUUCUUUUUUACGGCAAUAUCUUUUUACCUUUCUCUUUUUACGGCAAUAUCUUUUUACCUUUCUCUUUUUACGGCAAUAUCUUUUUUACCUUUCUCUUUUUUACGGCAAUAUCUUUUUACCUUUCUCUUUUUACGGCAAUAUCUUUUUUACCUUUCUCUUUUUACGGCAAUAUCUUUUUACCUUUUCUUUUUACGGCAAUAUCUUUUACCUUUUCUUUUUACGGCAAUAUCUUUUUACCUUUCUCUUUUUACGGCAAUAUCUUUUUACCUUUCUCUUUUUUACGGCAAUAUCUUUUUUUUUCUUUUUACGGCAAUAUCUUUUUUUUUUCUCUUUUUACGGCAAUAUCUUUUUACCUUCUCUUUUUACGGCAAUAUCUUUUUUACCUUUUCUUUUUUGGCAAUAUCUUUUUACCUUUCUCUUUUUUACGGCAAUAUCUUUUUACCUUUCUCUUUUUACGGCAAUAUCUUUUUUACCUUUUUCUUUUUACGGCAAUAUCUUUUUACCUUUCUCUUUUUACGGCAAUAUCUUUUUACCUUUCUUUUUACGGCAAUAUCUUUUUACCUUUUCUUUUUACGGCAAUAUCUUUUUUACCUUUCUCUUUUUACGGCAAUAUCUUUUUUAUUUUUCUUUUACGGCAAUAUCUUUUUACCUUUCUCUUUUUACGGCAAUAUCUUUUUUACCUUUCUCUUUUUACGGCAAUAUCUUUUUUACCUUUCUCUUUUUACGGCAAUAUCUUUUUUACCUUUUCUUUUUACGGCAAUAUCUUUUUUUACCUUUCUCUUUUUACGGCAAUAUCUUUUUACCUUUUCUUUUUUACGGCAAUAUCUUUUUACCUUUCUCUUUUACGGCAAUAUCUUUUUUUACCUUUAUUUUUUUACGGCAAUAUCUUUUUUACCUUUCUCUUUUUACGGCAAUAUCUUUUUUACCUUUUUCUUUUAUUGGCAAUAUCUUUUUACCUUUCUCUUUUUACGGCAAUAUCUUUUUUACCUUUUCUUUUUACGGCAAUAUCUUUUUUACCUUUCUUUUUACGGCAAUAUCUUUUUACCUUUCUCUUUUUACGGCAAUAACAAUAUCUUUUUUUUUUUAUUUACAGAGCUUGCAAUGCAGUCACACGCUCAUGAAAUCAAAGAAGAUUGGAAACCGUCCUUCCUAUCAAAUGAUGAAUUUACUCAACUGAUGUUAGAGGCCUUAGACAGUUUUUUACUUGUUUUCACACAACAAGGAAACAUUCUUUAUGCCUCUGAGAGCAUAACCUCACUCCUGGGUCAUUUGCCGAAAGAUUUGAUCAAUCGAUCAUUGUAUGACUUCAUUCAUGAUACUGAAAGAACCAGCCUACAUAAUCUCUUGUUAUCCUAUCAGAUCCCAACAAACAAUAUAAAUGACAUUGAGAGUGAUGACAACCAGGUGUCUUUUAUGUGCCACUUGAAGAGGGGAGCUGCCGUACCUGCAGUCCAGGAUGUCUUUGAAUAUGUAAAAGUAACGGGCAACUUAAGAAAAUGGUCAAAUUGUGAAGACAGUAUAAUAAAGUUUUCCAAAGAUUAUUCUCAGAAUAUAAAUGAGUCGUCCUGCUUUUGUUGUACUGUCCAAUUACAACCCUGCCAGCUUAUCAGAGAAAUGUCAAAUAUCGAUGAGUCAAAAAGUGAAUUCACGUCACGGCAUAGUUUUGAAUGGAAAUUCUUGUUUCUUGAUCACAGGGCUCCUCCUAUAAUUGGUUACUUGCCUUUUGAAGUGCUUGGGACAUCAGGCUAUGAUUAUUAUCAUCCUGAUGACUUAGAAAAGCUAUCAGCUUGCCAUACUCAGUUAAUGCAAGCUGGAGAAGGCACUUCCUGCUUUUACAGAUUUUUAACCAAAGGACAACAGUGGAUUUGGUUAAAGACCCGUUAUUACAUUACUUAUCACCAAUGGAAUUCAAAACCUGAAUUUAUUGUGUGUACUCAUAAAGUUAUCAGUUAUGCUGAUGUUCGAAUACAUCUUCGAAAGGAACGUGGUUUUAAUGAAGAGGAAAGUGAGUCACCACCAUUAGAAAAUGCAUCCGAGAAAUCUUGUACAAAUUCUUCAAUUUGUCAGCCUUCUCCAACAUGGGCUAUGCAACUUGCCACUGGAAUCCCUGGAUCAUCAUCUGCUGGACAUUUAAAGAUACUGACUGACCAAGCAGACACUGCUGAGAAACCACACUCCACUUUGGAAGAACUAACUGUGACAACAGUGUUGGCUCAUACACAGCAGAAAUCAACACUGCAGCAGCAGCAGCAGCAGUUACAGUUGACAGUCCAGCAACAACUGUCACUACCACAGUUACAACCCCAACUUCAGUCUCGGCCACAAUCACAAUUAACACAAGUCCAGCCGCAGCAACCACAACAAAAAAUACAGCAACAACCUCCUCCACCUCCAUCAUCUGGCACAUUUCAACAAAUACAUACUCCUUCUACCCAGCAGCAGCAGCAGCAAGUUCAGCAGCAGCAGCAACAACAAAGUCAGCUUCAGCCAGCUGAUUUAUCUCCACACCAGAGUUUAACAGUUCCUGGGAUGAUGAUGAUGAUGGCCCCUCCAACCAUUCCGACCACUGACUUGGAGACUGUACAAGUCAGCUCUGACUUAGUAAGGAUCUGCACAACUAAUCAAAUAUCCACUGUUCUAAAUCAAGGCCAACCUACAUUAGCUGUGUCUGGAUUAUCACUGCCUCAAGGACUUUCCCAAGCUUCAACUAAUUUGUUCCCACAGUUGUUUAUGACUCCAGCACAAAGACAGCUUCACAAACAGUUGCAGUUCAAAUCCCAGCAACUCCAGCAGACCAUCUUAAGGCAACAAGAAGAGUUGAGACAGAUUACUGAAGAAUUAGCACUUGCUCAUCAAUUUAUGCCAAUUGCAGAUGCAACCAACUCUGGUAACCAAAUGUUAAUGAUGAACCCCACUACAUUUACAUCUCCAACCACAGAAAUCCCCAGUACACCUUCAACUUCUCACACAUUUCAACUUGUUUUUAUUUUUUGCCUUUUUUCUCUCUCUUUUUUUUUUUUUUCCUUUUUUCUCUCUUUUUUGCCUUUUUUUCUCUCUUUUUUGCCUUUUUUUUCUCUCUUUUUUGCCUUUUUUUCUCUCUUUUUUUGCCUUUUUUUCUCUCUCUUUUGCCUUUUUUUCUCUCUCUUUUGCCUUUUUUUCUCUCUCUUUUGCCUUUUUUUCUCUCUUUUGCCUUUUUUUCUCUCUUUUGCCUUUUUUUCUCUCUUUUGCCUUUUUUUAUCUUUUUUUUUUUUCUUUUUUAUUUUUUUUCUCUUUGCCUUUUUUUUCUCUCUUUUUUUUUUUUUUCUUUUGCCUUUUUUUAUUUUUUUUUUGCCUUUUUUUAUUUUUUUGCCGUUUUUUCUUCUUUUUUUGCCGUUUUUUCUUCUUUUUUUUUGCCGUUUUUUCUUUUUUUUUGCCGUUUUUCUCUUCUUUUUUUUGCCGUUUUUCUCUUCUUUUUUUGCCGUUUUUUUUCUUUUUUUUUUGCCGUUUUUCUCUUCUUUUUUUGCCGUUUUCUCUUCUUUUUUUGCCGUUUUUCUCUUCUUUUUUUUUGCCGUUUUUCUCUUCUUUUUUUUGCCGUUUUUCUCUUCUUUUUUUUGCCGUUUUUCUCUUCUUUUUUUUGCUGUUUUUCUCUUCUUUUUUUGCUGUUUUUCUCUUCUUUUUUUUGCCUUUUUUCUCUUUUUUUUGCCUUUUUCUCUCUCUUUUUGCCUUUUUCUCUCUUCUUUUUGCCUUCUUUUUGCCUUUUUUUUUGCCUUUUUUCUUUUUUUCCUUUUUCUUUUUUUUUUUUUCUUUUUUUUUUUUUUUUUUUACCUUUUUUUCUUUUUUUUUUUACUUUUUUUUCCUUUUUUUACUUUUUUUUCGCCUUUUUUUUUUACUUUUUUCCUUUUUUCGCCUUUUUUUCUCUUUUUUUUCUUUUUUUUUUUUUUUGCUCUUUUUUUUUUUUUUGCCUUUUUUUGCCUUUUUUUUCUUUUUUUUUUGCCUUUUUUUUGCCUUUUUUUUUUUUUUUUUACCUUUUUUUUGCCUUUUUUUUUUUUACCUUUUUUGCUUUUUUUUUUUUUUUUUUUUUUUUUUUUUUUACUCUUUUUUUGCCUUUUUUUUUUUACUCUUUUUUUGCCUUUUUUUUUUUACUCUUUUUUUGCCUUUUUUUUCUCUUUUUUUUGCCUUUACAAAUGA